UUCAAAAUUGAUUUUUUGUAGAAUUAAAAUUGGAUGAUGAUGUGAACAUUCAUAAAAUUAUUGUAAAAUAUAUUUCAAUUUUUGCUACAUUGUAUUCUGAAAUAAGUAUACUGUUGGAAAUUACAUUCAUCUGAGUGAAUUCUUCAAAACCGGUGUGAUUGCUUCUCAUUUUACUAUUUUUUUUUUACAAGAAAAUGAAAUGUACCCAGAUACAUUUCUUAUCAUAUUUUGAAAUAGUAUUAUUGAAUACGAUUGUUAUUAAGACGUAAAAUUUAGCACUUAUUACAAUUCCGAAUCAAUCAAUCAUUCAUUCCAAUGUAGCUUUCGUUUAGAUUUACUUUCUUGUUCUCUCAAUCAUGUAUAUCCAGUCCGGUAUUAUUUUAUUUUUAGGGUUCAUAGUCAGUUUAGUAUCAUCGGUGAAUCCUCGUGUUUUGGAGUUGAACGAAAGAUUCCUCGAUGUUAAGAAAGAUGGGAAUUGGUUAGUGAUGUUUUAUGCUCCUUGGUGUGCUCACUGUAAACGACUGGAUCCGAUAUGGUCUCAAGUUCAACAAACUCUUCACACAACUAAUAUUCGAGUUUCCAAAAUGGACUGUGUUUCCAAUAAAAACGCUUGCCAUCUAUUAAAAAUCCAAACCUACCCAACAAUCAUGUUUUUGAAAGGUGAUCAAGAUCAGUUUAUUUAUAACGGAGACCGUUCGACUGAAGAAAUAGUACAUUUUACUCUCAGAGUUGCAAAUCCACCGGUUAGAAAAUUCAAUAAUGGUGAGCUGAUCGAUCGACUGAAACGAGAAAAGAUAAUUUUCUUUUCAUAUUUGGGAGAACCAAAAGGAGAUCUAUGGGACUUAUAUCGUGAAGUUGCUGUCCGAUUUCAACCGUAUUCUUAUUUUUAUCACGCUCCUCCAUCCAUUGCGAAAAAGCACUUCAAGUCUCAUGGAAUGCCGGCAAUUGUCGUUCAUAAGGAGAAUAAUGUUUAUGUUUUUGAUGAAAGUGAAUGGAGUCUCAGUCUGAACCAUAGUCUCCAUCGCUGGGUUAACGAAGAACGUUUCCCUACGUUUAUGAAGAUCACACGGCUGAAUAUCAAUUCUCUCAUGGAAACGAAUAAAUUUUUAGUGCUCGCAAUAGUUGAAGAAAACAAGGUUCAAGAAAUACCUGAUCAUAUGAAAGAGUUCAAAAAUAUGGUCGAAUCAGUGAUAAAAAAUUACAGGGAUAGAUUCCACAGGACGUUUCAAUUUGGAUGGGUUGGAACACCAGAUUUGGCAAAUUCAAUCGCUAUGAUGAAAGUUCCACUACCUUAUUUAUUAGUUUUAAAUUCGACAACGAAUCAUCAUCAUAUUCCAGAAGAUGAACCGACUCAGCUUACUCCAGAAGCUAUUACGAUAUUUUUGGAUUCCAUUCAGAAUCAGUCUGCCAAGACGUAUGGAGGAAACCAUUUCUUCAUUUCCCUGUACCGAAUGUAUUUCGAAGUAUUAUCCAAUUUAUCCGAAAUGUGGAAAGGAAAUCCGGUAUUGACUGCGGUAGUUUUCGGAUUACCUUUGGGCUUUCUUUCGUUAAUAUGUUAUUCAAUUUGUUGCGCCGAUAUUUUAGAUGCUGACGAUGAGGAAUGCGACGAUGGUCAUGAAAAGAAAGAGUGAAGUUUGCAUAUACCAAUAUGGUUCUAGUCAUUAGAUAUAAUAAUUGGGGUACAAAGGAAAAUAUUAUAUUGUGGAGAUGGCAAUUAUAUGGUAAUGGUGUUUGCCAAUUUAGUGUGUAAUGUACUUAAUUUAGGAAAUGUGUGGUCAGUUUUUAUUUAUGUAUCGUGUAAAAAAUUGUUUACGUUCAUAA